AUGUACCACACCAAACCCGUCGUACCAGGGCCUGAUAAUUUGGUCAUAUUAGGUCACAAUCGUGAAUCAGCUCGUCAACGUCCAUCUACAGCAACCAGGUCUCCUACCCUUCGUCAAACAAAAAUUCCACAAAGACCCAAAACUGCUCCAGUACCAAAAUUUAGACCUAUACCAAAACUACGAGUACCUACUCCACAAGAAUGCUGGUCACGCCGUCGAGAGGAAACCGACUUGGAUUUUAUCAAUGAAGUCGCUUACGAACAAACGUUGAAUUCAGGAUAUACAGUAGAGGCAUGUAGUCCUCAACCGUCAACUGCAUCUACCGAAAUAAACUGGCCUCUACCAAGAGAUAAGCAAAUCAAUAGCCGGAAUGUUAGAAUUCAAAGCGCAAAGAUCCAUAGAAAUCAACAAACAUCGCCAAAACGUCCAGUCAAAUCUGCUGGACCAGUUCGAUCAAAACUUACUUCUGAAGCGACAGCGAUUAUUCCCCCGACAUUUAAUGAUUCACCUAGCUUCGAUCCUAAACCACCACCAUGUCCACAAACUAAAGAAAACAAUUCGACAGCUGACAUUCCACUUAUCGAUGACAAUGGUGACAUUGUACCAGAUUAUGAGGAGGAGAAGGAACGAUAUGGUUGGGGUGUCGAGGUUCAUGGAAAUCCUUAUAAAUUCAAAAAAAUUCCCAGAAGACUCCCAUACACCAUUAAGUUAGAUAUUCCCGAAGUUGCUCCAGAGCCACCACGAAUACAUAUGGAAACUAACGAAACGUUUUUCCUAAACACAAUUCCUCGCCGACCUGAGAAUUAUACCAUCCAUAAAGAUUGGGUAUCCGAAGUGCUUCACGCCAAACGAAUGGAAUUACAAAAACGAGAGGGAAUCAAAUACAGAUGGAAAAAUUUCGCUUUCGUUUAUUGA